AUGGUCCAGACUUUUUACGCGGAAGGAUUGGGUAGCCCUGCGUUGGAAUACUAUCUUUCCGGGUUAGCAGUGCGAAUGGCCCAAGGGAAGGGCCUUCAUCGUCAGCCAGCAAAAUCCUGGCGAUUACCAGAAGCAGAAGUUCUUCAAAGAAAUUGGCUUUGGUGGACAAUCUAUUGCUUGGACAAGCAAUUGGCUUUUCGCUCCGGCCGACCGUCAGCGAUCGACGACGAGAAUAUCAGCGCCGAGAUACCAAGAGCUGCUCCUCCGGGAAGUCCUAUUGAUGUCAACAUCUUGACCUAUAUCAUUAGACACGCUCAAAUAUCAACACAGAUAUCGCGCCGUAUCAUGUCCGUCAAGGCAUCUCAGCAAUCACUAACAAAUCUAAUCAACACCGUCCGUGACAUUCAUCGUCAACUGGAAGAAUUCAAACAAUCUUUGCCGCCAGAUCUUCAGAUUGAAGAAGAUGUUCUUCCACUCCAAGAUCGACAGUCCAUAUCACGCCUCAUACACCUGGUCUACAUCAGAUUUGCGCUGUACGGGAGUAUAAUGGCUGUGCAUAUCCCAUUCUUCUAUCCCUGGAUCGCUGCGAGACUCCGAAGUACAGAAACAAAUGCUGCCCUGGACGAACAGAUUGCGCUGUCUUCAGCGGCUGUGGCUGCUGCGGCACCCAAAAUCAUCCUGGCACUUCGAUCUCUAACCAUCAACGUUUCCGUGCCUGCCUGGCUUGCGUUCUACUACCCGAUGUAUGCGCAUAUCAAUAUGUUUGUGCAGAUUUUGAAGAGUCCCAGUGCCCCUUCAGCAGCUUCGGAUCUAGCACUUCUAGAUGUUUGUGCAGGUCACUUUGGGCACAUUGAUUUUGUCACGCUAUCCGAGAUUUCGUUCCCAUUCGCAAAGGAGUCUGCGAACUUGGCUUACAAAGUAGUCAAGGCCUAUACGGAAACAAAUCAGCACGAUGACUCACGGCCUAUUCCAACAAAUUCAAAGUUUAGCAAUGGCCUUCUCGCGACAGCAGAUACUGGUGACAGCCGAUGGAUUCAGGCGGGAUUCGAGCAGCCAAGGUAUUUCGAUUCGAUGACUGAUGUAAGUGAUUUUUGCCGCCUUGAUGUGGUGUACAUGCUGCAGUCACGGGUCUUGAUCUCUAAUCUAGUGAUAGAACAAUUUCAGUUUCACAGAAUUCAACAUGGAUGCUUGGAACAUGUUCAGCUCUGUCGAUGA